GGCUCCUUUAUUGUGCAACAUACUACCGCUACGUCAUUGCGGUGACCGAAAUGUAAUUUCUCCAGCUGUAGUUUCUUCCCAAAAAGAUUCGACUGGAAAACUGCCGAGGAGCAUAAGACUGCGCAGUAUUUAAACCACAAACCAGUUCAAGGGUAUCUCACAUGGAGGCAGCAAUCCGCCGGUGCCCUUUCCUCACUGUAGUUCCCGGUGUUCUGCAUCUGGCUGGGAAGGUGUCGCUGGGGAGAUAUGCCCAAAGAUGCCCCGUGAUGAUGGACCUGGCCUCCAGACCUCUGGCCCGAGCACUGUCCUCUUCAGCUUCUUCGUCCAAAGGCACACCAACAAAUGAAGAUCAGAAGCAGGAAGUUAAGAUGCCCCCAGGUUACUUUACGCCACCUGCUGGUCAAACUGCAGGCUCCAAAUGCCCCUUCCUGGCUGCAGAAAUGGGGCAGAAAAACAACAGGGUAGUAAGAGAGGCCCGCAUGGAGCUGCAAGAGGACGUCCAGGAAAUGCAUUCUGUUCGCACAGGGAAAAAAGAUGUGGAUUUAUCAGUUGUGGAACUUAUCGAGGCAGACAUAAACAACACAAAGACACCAAAAACGUUUUUUAAACCUAUAUCUUCCAAAGUGUCUCACCUGCUCAAGGACAAUCUGCCCGAGGCCAUCACCUUCCAGUAUGACAAGUAUUUUGAAGAGAAGAUUGAAGGCCAAAAGAAGGAUCACACGUACAGAGUUUUUAAGAUCGUGAACAGGCUGGCCUCCUCAUUCCCCAUGGCAGACGACUUCUCAGAGUCAGUUUAUGCCCGCAGAGAGGUGUCUGUGUGGUGCAGCAACGACUACCUUGGCAUGAGUCGUCACCCCAAAGUCACCCAGACAAUUAUGGAGACUGUAAGAAAGCACGGUGCCGGUGCUGGAGGCACACGAAAUAUUUCAGGGACGAGCAAAUUUCACGUGGAACUGGAACAGGAGCUCGCUGACCUGCACAAGAAGGAUGCCGCACUGCUGUUCACUUCCUGCUUUGUAGCCAAUGACUCCACGUUGUUUACUCUGGCAAAAAUGCUUCCAGGUUGUGAAAUUUACUCUGACGCUGGCAACCAUGCCUCAAUGAUCCAGGGUAUAAGAAACAGCGGAGUGAAGAAGUUCAUUUUCCGUCACAAUGACGUCAGCCACCUGCGAGAGCUGCUUGAGAAGUCGGACCCCUCCACUCCUAAAAUUGUUGCCUUUGAGACGGUGCAUUCAAUGGAUGGGGCUGUGUGCCCUCUUGAGGAGAUGUGUGACAUUGCCCACAAGUUUGGUGCCAUAACUUUUGUGGAUGAAGUCCAUGCUGUGGGCCUAUAUGGACCCAGAGGAGGAGGGAUCGGGGACAGAGACAGAGCCAUGCACAAGAUGGACAUCAUCUCUGGUACCCUUGGAAAGGCAUUUGGCUGCGUGGGCGGCUACAUCGCCAGCACCAGCGCUCUGGUGGACACGGUGCGCUCCUACGCGGCAGGCUUCAUCUUCACCACCUCCCUGCCCCCCAUGGUGCUAGCGGGGGCAAAGGAGUCCAUCAAGGUCCUGAAAAGUGAGGAAGGCCAGGUGCUCAGAAGGAAACAUCAGAGGUGCGUCAAGCUGCUCCGACAGAUGCUGAUGGACUCGGGCCUCCCAGUGGUCCACUGCCCGAGCCACAUUAUUCCUGUUCGGGUGGCAAAUGCAGAGAAGAACACUGAGAUAUGUGACAUCAUGAUGUUACGUUACAACAUCUACGUCCAAGCAAUCAACUACCCCACUGUGGCCAAAGGAGAGGAGCUGCUGCGCAUCGCACCCACACCUUACCACACUCCCCAGAUGAUGUUCUUCUUUGUUGACCGGCUGGUGAAGACGUGGAAGGAGGUGGGGAUGGAGCUGAGGCCGCACUCCUCAGCAGAGUGUGACUUCUGCCAGCAGCCUCUUCACUUGGAGCUGAUGAGUGAGAGGGAGAAGUCCUACUUCACUGGCCUCAGUCACAUGAUAUCAGCAGUAGCCUGA